GGGUAUUUAAAUCACGUGAUGUGAUUUGCACGUGUGAAAUGUGAUGUAAUCAAUAUGUGAUCUGAACACCAGUAAAGUAUGUUUUGAUAGCAUUUGGUGGCUGGCCUCAUGAAUAUAUAACAUAAAUUGGCGACGAGGAUAAAGUGUGAGAAGACAUGGCGCAAAUCGGAAGAUUGGAUGAGUAUAAACCGGAAAAUGAGUCCUGGUCUGCAUAUAUUGAACGAGCGGAAUUGUUCAUGAUUGCAAAUGAUGUGGAUGAUACGAAGCAAGUAGCGACUUUGCUUAGUGCUGUGGGAACGUCCACAUAUGGAUUACUACGGAAUCUGGUUCAGCCUGCGAAGCCAAAGGAUAAAACGUUUGAAGAAAUUGUGAACAUUCUGAAGGCCCAUUUUGAACCAAAGCCGUUAAUAAUAGCUGAGCGUUUCCGAUUUCAGCGCUGUGUUCAAAAGCCCCAUGAAACUGUGUCCCAGUAUGUUGCUGAACUGAAACAAUGUGCAUCUAAAUGUGACUUUGGUGCAAGUUUGGAUGAGUCUCUACGUGAUCGUUUUGUCAGCGGAAUCCGAAGUGAAGCAUGUCAACGAAGAUUGCUUUCGGAAGACACACUCACUUUUGCACGGGCACUUGAAGUUGCUCACAGUAUGGAAACCGCAGAUCGAGAUACGCAACAGCUGAGGAAAACAGAGGUUUCAGCGACAACAGUGCAUAAGGUAAAUGCAAAGACUGUUUAUAACCAGAGACAAUGCUAUCGCUGUAAAGGGAAAAACCAUAAUGCACAGGAGUGUUAUUUUAAAAACUCUAAAUGUCACAAUUGUGGAGUGAUUGGGCAUAUAAAGAGAGCUUGCAAAGUUAAAAUGAAGUCACAUCCUAACAGUAAAUAUGCUGAACAACAGAACAAGCACAAAGUAACAGCUUAUAUGCAUGCUGAAGAGCCGGAGCUGGAAAUGUUUUCCAUGUUAAGUGAUACUGAGAAACAGUCUUUCCAAGUAAAUUUUACUGUGAAUCAGCAGGAUUUAUUGAUGGAGAUUGAUACAGGAGCGGCUGUAAGCAUCAUUUCACAACAAGAGUAUAGACGAUCGUUUGCCCAUUUGCCACUGGAGGGAGCUAGAGUCAAGUUAAAGACCUACACCGGUGAAUGCAUUCCAGUGUUGGGUCAAUUCACGGCUACUGUACAAUAUGAGGAUCAAGUGAAUGAGUUACCACUGAUCGUAGUCAAAGGGAAUGGUCCAAACCUGUGUGGGAGAAACUGGCUUCAGAAAGUAAAACUGAAUUGGAAGAUAAUUCGACAUGUGAGUAAGCAGCCUGGGUCCAUUCAAGAAGUGCUGGACAAAUAUAGUGAAGUCUUUAAGGAUGAGCUGGGCACUUUAAAGGACAUUAAAGCCACUAUUUCAGUGAAACCAGAUGUGCCACCCAAGUUUUUUAAAAGUCGUCCUCUUCCUUUUGCUAUGAAAGAGCGUGUGGAGAAGGAAAUUGAUAGACUGGAAAAAGCUAAUGUUAUAUCCCCAGUAAAAUACAGCGAGUGGGCUGCUCCAGUUGUUCCUGUUAUAAAAAAAGAUUCCACAAUUCGCUUAUGCGGAGACUACAAAGUCACUGUUAAUCAAGCUGCCAACACUGAAGUGUAUCCCUUGCCACGGAUCGAGGAAGUGUUAGCCACUUUGAGUGGAGGGAAGUUGUUUUCCAAGAUUGACUUGGCACAAGCAUAUCAACAAGUCGUGCUGGAUAAUGAUUCUAAGAAGUAUACGACAAUCAACACUCACAAGGGAUUAUAUGUGUAUAAUCGUCUUGCUUUUGGCAUCAGUUCAGCCCCUUCCAUUUUUCAACGAAUAAUGGAAAAUUUGAUGAAAGAUCUGAAAGUAAUUGUGUAUUUGGACGAUUUGUUGAUCACAGGUAAAGAUGAGCAAGAACAUCUAACAAACAUUUGCAAAGUCUUACAGCGUCUUCAAGAAUCAGGCUUAAGAGUAAAGAAAUGUAAAUGGGAGUGGGGACAAACACGGAUUGAGUACCUGGGUCAUGUGAUCGAUGAAAAAGGGGUGUAUCCGACAAAAGACAAGGUAAAAGCUAUUCAAGAUGCGCCAGCACCAUCAAAUGUGAAGGAACUACGAGCUUUUUUAGGUUUGGUAAAUUAUUAUGGACGCUUUGUACCACAGCAGAGCACAGUGUUGGCACCACUGUAUAGACUGUUGAAAGAACAAACUGCUUGGUGCUGGGGGAAAAAGGAACAAGGUGCUUUUAGUAGAUGUAAAGAAUUGCUCACCAGUGACAAAGUGCUAGUAUACUAUGAUCCACAACUGCCUUUGACUUUAGCAUGUGAUGCUUCCGCUUAUGGAAUUGGUGCGGUGCUUCAGCACAUCAUGCCAAAUGGUGACGAGCAUCCCAUUGCAUAUGCUUCACGUACUUUGUCCCCUGCUGAAAAGAAAUAUUCACAGAUUGAGAAGGAAGCUUUGAGUGUGAUCUAUGGAGUUAAAAAAUUCCAUCAGUAUCUUUGGGGAAGAUCUUUUAAUUUGAUAACUGAUCAUAGACCAUUAGUGACUCUGUUUGGUGAACAUAAGCAUUUCCCAAUGAUGGCAGCUGCUCGCAUUCAGCGGUGGGCGAUAAUUUUGUCGGCAUAUGAUUAUCAUAUCAUGUAUCGCAAGGCAGAAGAUCAUGGAAAUGCAGAUGGCUUGUCACGAAUUCCAUUACCUGAAAUUACCGAUGUAGGAACAGAAGCCAUUUCAGCAAAUAUCAACACACUUUUGACAAACCAUCUUCAAGAAGCUCCUCUAAAUGCAGCACAGAUUGCCAGAAUGACAAGAACAGAUCAAGAACUUUCUAAAGUGUUUCGUUAUGUCAUGGAAGGUUGGCCAAUUGAAGUGUCAGAUGAUUUGAAAGUAUUCUACGCGAAAAGAGAUGAACUGUCAGUAGAACAGGGAUGUCUGCUAUGGGGCACACGAGUGAUUGUACCAUUCAAAUUUCGAAAAUCAGUGUUACAGGAAAUUCACUCAGGACACCCUGGCAUUGUUAAAAUGAAAGCUCUGACUCGUAAAUACGUGUGGUGGCCUAAAAUUGAUACGGAUAUAGAAAGAGUUUGCAAGGAGUGUCAAAUCUGUCAACAAGAACAAAGAAUGCCAAGUCACGUCCCUCUUCAUCCUUGGGAAUUCCCGGGUGAGUGUUGGAAAAGGUUGCAUGUGGAUUUUGCUGGUCCGUUCUUGAACAACAUGUUUAUGAUCAUUGUUGAUGCUCAUUCUAAAUGGUUGGAAGUUUUUCGUAUGUCACAGAUUACUUCUCAAGCUACUAUUACCAGAUUGAAGAGAUUGUUUUCUGCAUAUGGAUUACCUGAACAAAUCGUGACUGAUAAUCCAACUACUUUUACUUCUGAUGAAUUCCAAAGAUUUGUGAAGCAGAAUGGUAUUAUGCAUACCAGAAGUGCACCAAAACACCCAGCAACAAAUGGUUUGGCAAAAAGAUAUGUCCAGACGUUCAAGAGGGGUAUGAAGAAAUUGACUAAUGAGCAAAUGUGCAUUGAUGAUAGACUAUCUUUAUUUUUAUUGCGCUAUCGCACAACUCCUAAUUGUACCACAGGUCAGUCACCAUCUGAUUUAUUUUUAAAGAGACACAUCCGCACCAGGCUGGACUUCCUGAAACCAAACAUUCAUGAGACGGUUCGCAGAAAACAGUAUUUGCAGAAAAAUCAACAUGACUAUCGGGCAAGAGAGAGAUCCUUUGCUGUGGAUGAUUCUGUUUUCUUGCGAAGUACAGUGGGAGGAGAUCCGAAGUGGUUAUCUGGAGUGAUUACACAACAGACAGGACCUGUUUCGUACAAGGUACGUGAUCCAGCAUCGGAUACUGUGUAUAGACGGCAUGGUGAUCAAUUGAGACCACGCACUUCGUCCUCAGAGAUUCCAAUGCCACCGAAUGAAAAGGAGACUGCUCAAUCUGCUGAAUCUAAUGAUCAAGCUCAAAAUGCUGAACUCAAUGAUCAAGAUUCUGGAUUUGCUGGAAUUCCAGGUACAUUUGACUCUGAGGUACCUUUUGAACUAACAGAACCCCUGAUUCCAAGUCCAGGGGGUCUACGGCGCUCUAAACGAACUAUUAAAUUACCACAGCGUUUUAGAAAUUGAGAAUUUGAACACAUGUGGUGCUUUUGAACUGAUAAUGUGGUGUAUGAUUUUUAAUGGGGGAGGAAAUGUGGUGUAUUUGGGAUAAUGUGUAUAUAUGCAUGAUGAGCAGUCAUUGGUUCCCAUGCCUGGGAAGAGGGUAUUUAAAUCAUGUGAUGUGAUUUGCACGUGUGAAAUGUGAUGUAAUCAAUAUGUGAUCUGAACACCAGUAAAGUAUGUUUUGAUAGCAUUUGGUGGCUGGCCUCAUGAAUAUAUAACAUUCUGUAAAACCACAAACUUUAAAAUACUUUUUUCUUACUGGUGAAAAUCAGAUGGUCAUCUCUGUUUUCUCUCAGGUACAUCAGAGU